GCAACAUUCGCAACUUCACAUGUUAUUUUUUUGACACCAUCGCAAAUCUCAUAAUUUAAAUAAUCGCGAUGUCAGACUUGAACAGCAUCUCGCGAUUGCAAGAAGAGCAAGAAAAGAGUUUAAAGCAUUGUGAAGCAAUGAUAGAGAAAUGGGAAAAAUUUAAAGAGGAUUAUGAAACUGUUGAAAAACUGUUGACUGAUUUACCAAAGAAGCUCACACAUGAUGUUAUGGUUCCCAUAAGUCCUUUGGCAUACAUGCCAGGCCAUCUUAUCCAUACAAAUGAAAUAAUGGUCCUAUUGGGAGACAAUUGGUUUGCUGAAAGAUCAGCAACACAAGCUGUGGAGAUAGCAAAACGUCGUCUGAAGAGUGUGGAAGAAUAUUUAGCCAAUCUCCACAAAGAACAUGAAAAUAUACUGUCACAUAUGGCUUUCACCACAGACGUGGUUAAUGUUCAGAAACAAAAUGAUUAUCAGGAAAUCAAGGAAGAACUGACAGAAAAGGAUAAACAAAGACAGGGUAAGAAAUCACGAAGGUUGGCUCACCAGAAGGCAACAAAAGACUGCGUGAAGAAAGUAGAUUUACAACGUAAUCCCACUAGUAGGGCGACCAGAUCUAAGGAAGACGAGAAUCUGUUUGCAAGACUGGAGGAGCUCGAAAAAAGGGAACAAAUAAAUAAAAACGAGCUCGAAAACGAACAAUACUUUGUCGAGUCGUGCAACACGAACAGGAAAAACGAGAGCACGCGAACUGAGGAAACGCACGCAAGCUUUCGCUCUGAAAGCCCGACUUCAGCGAGCUCAGAUACGAGUAACCGAAGUAGGCAAGAACCUGUUGCAAAACCACGUGCGACAAAUGCGCGCCGCACGAAAAGCGUGCAAAACGGUACUGAAGAAACGCGAAACAGGGCAAAAAUUCAAAUGAUUCAGAACGGAAGGGUUUAGUAAAAAGAGUUUCAUGGAAAGAGAAUAUUGUUGAAAGCGAAGGAGUCGCUUAUCCGAAAGGGGAAUCCGCUACGAUAUACUUCACUCAUUCAACAGGAACGGUAAUAUCAAGGGAAAGUGACAAUAUAACAUCCCCAGGAGACAUUUUCGCAGACCACCAGAAUAAAAAGUUAACCAUGGUACAGUCUGCUCAGCCAGCGGUUAAAGGUUCGUUAGAUGAAAAAGCUCCAAAGGCCAAGGACGAUUUGCCAAUAUCGAGCCAGGGAAAGAAAUUAGAGAAUACAGAAAAACAGACUAUACCGCAGGCGUUUUCUAAUGUUGUUGUUGAACAUGAUAGAUCAAUUGCUGCAAAUGCUACCGUUAAAAAAGAUACGGAACAGAAUCCAGAACCAAGAAAAAUAUCCAAAUUCAAAGCUCGAAGAAUGCAAAGCCAUUGAAGAAAAAAUUACCAGCCACAAAACGAAC